GUGAAACUUUGAUAUUUCCUCUAAUCUACAAAGAAACAUAAUUUUUUAGGAAGAGGAGUGAGAAUGUCAGGAGCACAAUGUAUGAAGAAUCCACCAACCCUCAACUCAGCUUCCGGAAUUGGGACUUUACAAGAUAUUGGAGGGCUUAGCAGCUAUGUUACUGGAUCUGUUCAUUCCAAACUUGCCAUUCUUCUCAUUUCUGACGUAUUUGGAUAUGAAGCUCCACUUUUGAGGAAGCUAGCAGAUAAAGUUGCAGCUGCAGGAUACUUGGUAGUUGUUCCUGAUUUCUUCUAUGGUGAACCUUUGGAUCGCGAGAAACAUGACAUACAGACAUGGUUGAAAGAUCAUGGCACGGACAAAGGAUGUGAAGACGCUAAAGCAGUGAUUGAAUCUUUGAAGAGUAAAGGAGUUUCCGCGAUAGGAGCAGCAGGCUUUUGCUGGGGAGGAAUGGUAGUUUCAAAAUUGGCAAACUAUGAGACUACUAUUGGGGCUGCAGUUAUCUUGCAUCCUGGUCCUAUUACAGUUGAUGACAUAAAUGAGGUAAAAGUUCCAACUGCAAUAUUAGCAGCUGAACACGACCAUAUUUUCCCGCCUGACCAAGCAAAGCUAGUAGGCGAUGCUUUAUCCGCAAAACCUGAGGUAAUUGAAAGUUUUGUGAAGAUAUUCCCAGGGGUAGAACAUGGAUGGACAGUUCGAUACAACGUUGAGGAUGAAUCGGCUGUCAAAGCUGCAGAAGAGGCUCACUCAGAUAUGUUAAACUGGUUUACUAAGUUCAUCAAGUGAAAAAAGAAAGUACUGAAUUAAAACAUCAUUUUCAGUGAGGAGAUUGUCAUAAUACCUCAAGGGAAGUGAGAAUAUGUCACAAUAUAUAAGUACACUGCAUUUGAUGUUAUAAAGAUGAAAUUAAAAUUAUGGUUUUAGCUUA